GCUCUCGGUAGGGGCUGACCGGCCCCGGGGCUCUCGGACGGGGCUGGCCGGCCCCGGGGCUCUCGGCCCCGGCUGCUGCGGCGCUCGGAGCUGGCACGCCCCGCGGAGCCGUGUCCCAGCCCCGGUGCAGCAUGCCGGCGCAGCAGAAGAAGCUGCUGUUCUGCACAGCCGGCGUGCUGAGCCUGGCCUGCGCGCUGGGCGCGGCGGCGGCCGUGGGCAGCCAGCUCUGGGUGAGGGGCACGACCCUGUGCAGCACCGGAGCGCUGCUCGUCAACGCCAGCGGCCCCGAGCUGCACAAGUUCAUCGGCCACAUCCAGUACGGGCUCUUCUCCGGGCAGCGAGUGCGGCAGUGCGGGCUCGGGGGCAGACCCCUGCAGUUCUCAUUUUUUCCAGAUUUGCUCAGAAUCAUCCCUGCAAGUAUCCACGUCAGUGUCAUUGUCUUCUGCACAGUGCUGAUUGUCUUUGCCCUGGUGGGCGCAGGGUUCUUCAUGUUCAAUGCCUUUGGCAGCCCCUACGAGACGCUGCACGGCCCCGUGGGGCUGUACCUGUGGAGCUUCAUCUCCUGUUCCUGUGGUUGCCUCAUCAUGAUUCUCUUCUCCUCAGAGGUGAAGAUCCACCACCUUUCAGAGAAAAUUGCUAAUUUCAAAGAGGGAACUUUUACAUUCAAGACUCACAGUGAGCAGUUUGCAAAUUCCUUCUGGACCAUCCUGGUUUGCUCCCUGGUGCACUUCCUCAAUGCCCUGCUAAUCCGAUUUGCUGGAUUUGAAUUUCCCUUUUCAAAAUCAAAAGAUUCAGAAACAACCACAGGAGCAGUUGACUUGAUGUAUUAAAAUGAUGGGAUUUAAGAACAUUUCAAGCAGAGAAAUUUGUCACUAUUACAUCAACAACCACCAGAUGUACCAACUUGUGAAUGAUUGCUCUAGGGAAGGUAAAAAAAGGGAAGUUUCAAAUAAGUGUUAAUAUGG